UGCAAAGCGAAGUAAAAAGUUAUGGGACUACGUGAACAUAAAGUCUUGCUGAUUACUGCUGCACUUCUCUUGGGGCUGUACUUGAUCGGACAAACUUUUCAAAUGGUAAAGAAGAGAACCGAGAGUGGUACCCCGGAGAGAUAUGAAAUCUACAGGUCCCAGCUCGACCAUAAUUCCACCACAUAUCAAGCAGAGAGAAGUAUGAAGUUUCGUCGUGAAAUGAUGCUCAGUGCAUGUCGUAAAUAUUCGAAAAAUAGGCCAUCCUCUUCUGACGUGACGUAUGUAAAAAAUCCAUUCCUAAAGACAAGUUUAUUCUUUUCUGACGAGUUUAAGGUUCUAUUCUGUCAAAUACCAAAAUGUGCCACGCGCAGUCAAGCGAAGUUUCUGGCAGCAGCCGACGACCUCAUCAAAGAGUCAGAAAUGGAUACUGUUACUGAAAUUCGAGCUACUUCACUUAUAGAAAGACAUCUUUCUGCAAGACGCAUACGAAAUAUCAACGAGAUUGCUCGAAAAAUGAAUACAUACAGCAAAGUUGUCAUUGUUCGAGAACCAUUUAGUCGCCUGCUUUCUGCAUAUCGUAACAAAUUGGAGAACAAUAAAAGACGUGAUGGUUAUGCUGGUGCAGCUAGAAAUAUUCACGAAAAAUAUGGCGGAGGGCACGGAGAAGAAAUGGACGGUGCACCUGUUAUAACAUUGAAUGAUUUCGUUUCGUAUUUGGUAGACCCCAAGUCGAAUGCGCAACUAGACCAACACUGGAAUUUUUCCACAGACUGUGUUCCCCAUGUGAAAUCCAAUACGACUAUAUUGUUCAUGUAG